UUCUGGGAAAAUGAAUUAAUUUUCGAGGCAGCCAAACAAGGCGCUUCGCAGUAUUCCCCAGAGGCAUACCCGCCAUUAUUAUAACUAACGUAGCUGAAACUGCUAAUUUACUUAUCAAAUCUCCACUUGAUCUCAGGUGAGUCUCAAGUGAGUGAGAUCUAGGGUUUCGGAUUGGCCGAUCACCUUCCAUUCCCUGCACCAUCUCCACAUUCUUCCCUCUCUUCCUCACUGCUGCAAUGGCCGGCGUGAGCGGUCGGACUGGUGUUCGCGUCGUCGUGGUCGGAGACCGCGGCACCGGAAAAUCGAGCUUGAUUUCCACGGCCGCCACCGAGACUUUCCCGGAGACUGUCCAGCCGGUCUUGCCGCCGACUCGCCUUCCCGCGGAUUUCUAUCCGGAUCGCGUUCCUGUUACGAUCAUCGAUACUUCAUCAAGCUUGGAGCAUAGAGCUAAGCUGGCAGAAGAAUUGAAGCGAGCUGAUGCUGUAGUGCUAACGUAUUCCUGCGAUAAUACUAACCUUUCUCGACCUAUCACUUUCUGGCUCCAUGAACUUCGCCGGCUAGAGGUGAGGGCACCAGUAAUUGUUGUGGGUUGCAAGCUAGAUUUGCGAGAUGAGCGUCAACGGAUAAGUUUAGAGCAGGUGAUGUCUCCAAUAAUGCAACAGUUUAGGGAGAUUGAGACUUGUAUAGAAUGUUCCGCAGCUUCCCAGGUUCAGGUCCCUGAUGUCUUCUAUUAUGCUCAAAAAGCAGUUCUUCAUCCUACGGCCCCAUUGUUUGAUCAAGAGACACAGACUUUAAAACCCCGGUGCAUUAGGGCACUAAAAAGGAUAUUUAUCCUUUGUGAUCGUGAUAUGGAUGGUGCUUUGAGUGAUGCAGAACUGAAUGAAUUUCAGGUUCAGUGUUUCAAUGCUCCACUACAACCUGCUGAAAUAGUGGGUGUCAAGAGGGUUGUACAAGAAAAGUUGCCUGAUGGAGUCAACCACCUUGGUCUUACCUUGUCUGGGUUCCUUUUUCUCCAUGCUCUUUUCAUAGAAAAAGGGCGACUUGAGACAACAUGGACUGUCUUGAGGAAAUUUGGAUAUGAUGAUGCUAUUAAACUGAGUGGGAGUUUUCUUCCCGUUCCAGCCAAGCGAGCUCCUGAUCAGAGUGUGGAGUUGACAAGCGAAUCUUUGGAGUUCUUAAAGAGGGUCUUCAAUCUGUUCGACAUUGAUAAUGAUGGAGCCCUACGGCAUGAUGAUCUUGAUGAUCUAUUUUCAACUGCACCAGAAAGUCCUUGGCACGAAGCUCCAUACAGGGAUGCUGCAGAGAGAACAGCAAUGGGGGCUUUAUCACUUAAUGGGUUUCUUUCUGAGUGGGCCCUUAUGACCCUAUUGGACCCAGCAAGUAGCUUGGCUAAUUUGAUAUACAUUGGAUAUGCUGGUGAUCCGUCUUCAGCACUUCGUGCUACUCGGAGAAGAUCGUUAGAUCGAAAGAAACGACAAACAGAAAGAAAUGUUUUUCAAUGUGUUGUUUUUGGACCCAAAAAUGCGGGAAAGUCUUCAUUGCUGACCUCCUUUUUAGGAAGGCCUUUCUCAGGCAAUUAUACUUCAACAGUUGAUGAACGUUAUGCAACAAAUGGUAUUGAUGAGCUUCAGGGAACUAGGAAGACUCUUAUAUUGCGAGAAAUCCCAGAAGACAGAUUUAAAAAAUUUCUUUCUAAUAAGCAAUCUUUGGCAGCCUGUGAUGCAGCAAUAUUUGUCUAUGACAGUUCAGAUGAACUUUCAUGGAGAAGAGCAACAGAACUGCUUGUAGAAGUUGCCAGGCAAGGAGAAGAGACCGGGUUUGGGGUCCCAUGCCUUCUUGUUGCAGCUAAGUACGACCUUGAUCCAUUUCCGAUGGCGGCACAAGAUUCAGCAAAGGUUUGUCAGGAGAUGGGAAUAGAGUCACCUAUUCCUGUCAGUGUGAAGUCGGGAGACCUGAAUAAUUUAUUCUGUAGAAUUAUACGUGCUGCUGGACACCCUCAUUUAAGCAUUCCUGAGACAGAAACUGGGAGAAAACACAAGCAAUACCGCCAGCUUGUUAAUCACUCUCUCAUGUUAUUUUCGGUUGGGGCCGCCAUUGCAGUUGUUGGACUGGCUGCUUAUCGUACCUAUGCUGCAAGGAAGAAUACCUCCAGUUAGGUAUCAAGAUCUGCCCAUAAAUCAAUCGCAACUUAAAUAAAUUAGUAGAUUUUCUCUAGACACUUGUCUCUGUUCACUCCUUGACCUUGUUUGCCAUUCUCUAGACAUAAAAUUGUAGAGUAUUUGCAAUUCUCUUCCAUGCCAAUCUUACCAUUUUCCAUCAUCAAUGGUCUAUUCUAGUUCAAAUUAACAUCAUCUCCCCUAUAAACCUCUCGUUUGUACCUUUAUAGAGUGGUAGAAUCCUUUUCAUGCUGGCUGUCAUGCCAAUGGAUUUUUGUUCUUAAAUCUACCAGGUCAUUUAUUAUUUCUGUCA